AUGGAGUUAAAGAAAUAUAAUGAAAAAAAAUUGUUGUAUAUUUUUAAUGCUUAAUAGAAUUUGACUUUAAAUUUAAAUUAGAGAAGAAAAAAACAAUGGUAAUAAUAAAUUCUAAAACAAAAUGUCUUAAGAUAACAUAUUAGUAAUCAAUUAAUACGAAAUCAAUAUGAAUUUCUUGAUAGGUUCAGGUUAAUUUGGGACAGUUUAUAUUUGUUAAGAUAAAUAAAACACAUAAUUACAACUAUGCGCAAAAGUAAUUAUAAUUUAGAUUAGAGAUAGUUGAAAAUUAUUCAAAAGACCCUAAGAUGGAAAGAGAAAUAGGUCUAAUGUAGUUAAUUAUGCAGAAAGGAAACAAUAAUAACAACAUUGUAAGAGUUUAUCAUGUAGAAAUUGAAAAAUAAAGAAUUAUUUUAAUUUUAGAAAGAUGUAAAUGCGAUUUGCAGGCGUAAUUCAACUAAAAAAAAAAAAAGGAAAAUAAAUAUUACACUCCUAAUGAAGUUAUUAAUAUUUUGAAGUAAAUUACAAACGGUUAUAAAUUUCUUUAUGAUAAUAAUAUUAUUCAUAGAGAUAUUAAACCUUAAAACAUUUUAUAUUUAAAUGGAGUAUAUAAAGUAUUUAUAGUUAUUAAAUUAGAUUGCUGACUUCGGAUUAGCCAGAGUCUAUUAGGAAAAUGAUGAUCUCACAAAAGCUGGUACUCUAAAAUACGCAUCACCUUAAUAAAUAUUAGGUCAAUAAAAAUUUACAAAUUCUGCAGACAUUUUUUCUGUAUUUUCAAAUUUUAUGAAAAGCUUGGAAUUGUUUGUUAUGAACUAAUUUUUGGAUGCCUACCUUACAAAAUUAGUAAUUAUUAGUAAUUGUUAUUCCAAUUAGGAAGAUUAGAAUCUAACCCAGUUAAAAUUGAUAGAUCUGUCUCUGGGGUAAAUAUUAAUUUAAUUCUUAAGAUGACUGAAGAAAUUGCAAUUUUAAUUGAAAAUAUGUUGAAAUAUCAUGAAAAUUAAAGAAUCAGUUGGAUAGAUUUAUUUGCUCAUCCAUUAUUAAAUGACCAUAAAUUCACUCCAAUCUAAUAAAUCAUUAAACCACAAAUUAUCCCAGCGAAGAUUUAAACUACUCCUUAAAAUAUUGUACCAAUGAUUCAAUAAAUCUCUAAUUAAUCAGAUCAAUUUUACUAAAUUGCAGCCUUUAUGAAUAAUGUUUUAGAUUCUCUAGAUAAGCAUUUGUAUAUUUAUUAAGUAAUCUUAGAAAUCAAUAAAAAUAAAUACAUGCUGAUAUGAUUAAGAUAAAGUUAUAGUUAUAUUAUCUUUCCUCUUGUUUUUAUGAACAUAGUAAAGCAAUGAAAAGUAAAUAAUAAGCUUUUCAAAAAUAAGUGUAUACUUUAGCAAAUGUUGAAAUUGCCAUAAAAAAUUUAGAUAAAGCAAAAUAAUUACUUUAAGAUCAAAUUAACAAUUAUGGUUUAUCAGCAAACUUUCCACUUAAAGAAACUGUGGCUGAUUAUAAUAACUAUUUUACUUAAUUAAAUAGUUUAUUAACAACCUAAUUUUUAUUUCCAUACACAAAUAAAUGUAAUUACUAUUUAGAAUAUUUACAGUAUCUUAUUUAUAUUUAUGUAUCAAGGUUACUUUUUUGUUUGUUAAAAUUAAGAGAAUUAAAAGAUUUAAGUGACUUAUCUUUAGUAUUUAAAUUAAUUAUAGAUACAAAAAACUAAUUACAAUAAGAGGCUGUGAUUAGAAAAACCUUGGAUUAAAAAAUGAAUAAUUGA